AUGUUCACAGCCACCGCGGGCUACGCCGCCUGGCGGUACUUCCACCGCCAGCCAGAGAAGAAUUUAAAGACCACAGCGCGACCCAUCGCCCAGACUGACCAGCCUCUGGAAACCUUGGAUCGGCAACAGGUUGAACAAAACCCCCGCGAUGCUGCCAAGCGCCAAGGACUUUCUCGCAAGCGGAUCAUCAUCUGCUGCGACGGCACCUGGCAGACUUCGGCCACGGGUCGGAAGAACGUCCCCUCCAACGUCACACGUCUAGCACGCUCUAUUGCCCACAACAAGAACCAGACGGGCAGUGAUGAUGGAAACUCUCCCGAGGAAGAUCUCCAGCAAAUUGUCUACUACAGCCCCGGUAUCGGCACCGGCGACGGCGUCAACAUCCUCGAGAAGACCCGUCAGGCAACCUUUGGCGAUGGACUUGUGUCCGACGUCAUCAAGGCCUACUCAUUCGUCGUCAUGAACUAUUCUCCUCUCGAUGAAAUAUACUGCUUCGGAUUCUCGCGAGGCGCCUACACCGCCCGUGCGGUGGCUGGUCUCAUCACGGACAUUGGCAUCAUCAAGCCCCAAGAGUUGGACGAUUUCCCGGAGCUCUACGCGCUGUACCGGAAGUGCGGCAACAAUGACAGCUUCAGGUUCCGCCAGUCUCCAGAGUAUCGACAGUGGAUCAUGGGCAUCAGGAAGAAGGGUUUUGAGUACCUGGUCCAGAACCCUGAGAAGCCGGACAACAACUGGACCCAGGUGCCUCACUCCCUGCCUCCUGAGUUCACCAGAGUCAUUCAAGUUGUGGGUGUUUUCGACACCGUCGGCGCUUUAGGAAUCCCGUACAUGGGCUGGACUCAAGGGAUAAGCAACUACAUUGCUGGCCGCCUCCCAUUCCUAGGCAUUGAUGUAUACGGAUUUCACAACCCUUCGCUGAGCAGGUACAUCAAGAAUGCAUUUCAUGCCCUUGCACUGGACGACAAAAAAACGGCCUUCUGCCCAACUCUUUGGCGUCUUCCCGGCCCUGGCCAACAAGCCCCUUAUCCCACUACGGAGACUAGGGAGGCGCUCGCAGAGAGACUCAGAAACCUUCUCAAUGCCAGGCAGCCCGAUGAAACUGAAAUAAAUACAGCAUGGUCUGACUUGGUGGGGUGCGAGAUGGCGGAUCAGUUACAAGUGCAAAAAGAUGGCCAGUUGGAAUAUGUCAAGCCGAAUCUUCAGCAAGUUUGGUUCCCCGGCAGCCACCAAAACAUCGGAGGCGGCAAUCCUGGCAUUCUCUUGGGAGCUCCAUUCGACUGUGAGCAACUCGCGCUUGUCACCUUCACUUGGAUGUGUGACCAAGUCAGCCCCUUCCUCCAGUUCAAUGACGAGCAGAUCGCGGCGAAUGCAAACCACCCGCAAAUCUUGUCAACCCUCGCAGACCGCGAGAUCUUGUCACGCAAGAAGCUCAUUGAAUUUUCGCACCAAUCUCAAGGCCUCCACGUCAGCUCCUUCGUGAAACUUGCGCGCCAGGUGUUGAGCCGGCUCCGGUGGGUGAAGACUGGCGAAGACAACCAAGAGUGGGCCUUGGGACCCAUUAUUGGGGAUACCUCCGUCGUCCAGGGCGGUUUACUCAUAAGCUUUCUCUUCCGCUCGCUCUUCGCCUUGAUCUUUGGCUUUGUCUUCCGCUUCCUCUUGAAAGACAGAACUCCAGGCUUGUACAACAGACCUGACGGUCAUCAGAAUGAUGCCGGAAUCACCAACGAGCGGGUCCAUCCUGCCGUACGAUAUCGCAUGGACAAUGAUCCCUCGUAUAAGCCGGGAGCCCUCAAAGAUUUCCAGAAGCCAAUUACGAAGAAGAAGGGACCCUACAACGACAACAAGUACGUGUGGAGGUCGAGAAAGACUGCUCCCUCUCUUCAGGAAUACAUUAUCAAGCCUGAGGAUCGGAUCUCUCGGGAGCUUGCCAACCGAUCCACGAUCGCAAAGCAAUUCAUCAGUGCACUUUGA